UCCCUUUAGAGAUUUGUACAGUUUGGAUGUGCACCAUUGCACUUCUUUUGUUAUUAGCUAGGGAGAGUGUCUAGUGACUCAUGACACUGGACUAGCAGAGGCAUUCCUUAGAUUGUUGUUGAUAGACAAGGAUACCUGCAGAAGUUUGAUUCCGAAGUGUAGAAGACUUCUGCAAGGGCUUCUGUUAGAAUCGUGUCCAUGUGAAUUUACAAUUGUAUGCUGAAGGAAAUGAUGAGUUAUUAUUCUGACCGUAUGGUGUCUGACUUUUUCUUCCCUAAUACUGGAGGUGUUGAGAGUCAUAUAUAUCAGCUAUCGCAAUGUUUGUUAGCCAGAGGUCACAAGGUGAUAGUGAUAACUCAUGCUUAUGGAGAAAGAACAGGCAUCAGAUACCUUACAAAUUAUCUCAAGGUGUAUUACUUACCUUUUGGACCAUUCUACAACCAAUGUAUUUUACCAACGCUCUUUACAACUCUGCCUCUUAUUAGAAAUAUACUCAUCAGAGAAAACAUCACUAUAGUUCAUGGGCACUCAUCCUUUUCUACGAUGGCCCAUGAAGCAAUGUUUCAUGCCAAAACCAUGGGUCUCAAAACAGUCUUUACCGACCACUCUCUCUUUGGUUUUGCUGACGCAAGUUCAAUCAUUACCAAUGCAAUCCUCCAGUUCUCAUUAGCUGAUGUCAAUCAUGUGAUCUGUGUAUCACAUACAAGUAAAGAGAACACUGUCUUGAGAGCUACUGUGUCACCAAGUCUUGUCUCUGUCAUACCAAAUGCUGUGGAUCCAACUGUCUUUAAACCUGAUACAGCCAACAGGAAACAUGAUAGAAUAACAAUUGUAAUAGUUAGUCGGCUGGUGUAUAGAAAGGGUAUGGAUCUACUGGCUGCUAUCAUCCCUGUUAUCUGUGAAACUCAUCCAGAUGUGGACUUUCUCAUUGGAGGGGACGGGCCCAAGCGGAUUGAUAUUGAAGAAGUGAGGGAACGUUAUCAGCUUCAAGAACGUGUCACUAUGUUGGGUGCUGUGGAACAUUCUAAUGUCAAUAAGGUUUUGAACCAAGGAGACAUAUUCAUCAAUGCAUCACUCACUGAAGCCUUCUGUAUUGCCAUUGUAGAAGCAACUCUUUGUGGUUUGCAGGUUGUAAGUACAAGAGUUGGAGGAGUGCCUGAAGUCUUGCCUGAAGAUCUGAUAUUACUUGUUGAACCUAGUGUUAAAGGUAUCUUGAGUGGAUUAGAAGAAGCCAUAUCAAGGAGAAGACAGGGAAGCUUCCUCCAACCCGAUGCUGUCUAUCAACGAAUGGCUCAUGUCUAUACCUGGCAAAAUGUGGCCAUAAGAACAGAAAAGGUUUACGACAGCAUAGAUAAUGAUGAAACUCUGAGCUUAUCACAGAGAUUUGAUUGCUACUUCAAGUGUGGACCAGCAGCAGGAAAGUUCUUUAUUCUUCUUGCAGCAGUCAACUUUAUUUUCUUUUGGUUCCUGGAGUGGUUUUGUCCAAGAGGGGAUAUAGACAUGGUCCCUGAAAUGCCUCAGUUAGAGGCAAGUACAAGAGAAGCCAAGCAUCCUCCUACUACCAAACCGAGUGUACAUCAGUCUGCUUACAAUGGGACAGUAGGUCCUUCUUCCACUAAAGAUUCUUCUAUAUUGAAUCACAGAGUUACAAGAUCUCAAGCAAGGAGAAACCAUGUUGAACAAACAAGUUGACACAGAAACUAUAAACAGAACUAUACAUUUAUAAUUGCCAUGACAAUCCUUACCCUUGCCUUUUAUAUGUCAGAAACUUUCUAUCAAUGUUUGGGGAGCAUUUCAUAAAGAGUAUUGUCAGUGAAUCUCACUAAUAUGCUGUGAGCCAAUCAGAUGCAAGCAUUAAUAGCUUAAAACAAUAGUGUGAAAUUUUUUUCAUGAUAUACUCCCCUGAUAUUUGCCAGAAUGCAUGGGCUCCAUCUUACAAAGAUUUAAGAUUGAUCGAAACAAGCUCAACUGUAUGGAAAUCCAUCAAUAUCCUCAUUUCUCUUGUGGAAUUUCAUACAGUGUGCUUUGAAAACAAAUUGAAGCAUACUAAAUUGUCAAGAAAACGGUAAAUGUAUAAAUGUACGUCAUAUCUAGAAAAUAUU